AUGUCUGGCCGUAACUGGAGCGUCCUUUUUUUUUUUUUUUUUUUUGAAAAUGGCCCGAGUCCCGGAGACGAUUCGGCUUCAAAUGCUCAGCUGGAUCAAGCUGAAUCUGCUGACGCUACGCCAGAACCAGCGUUUCAAGAAGCUCAAAAAUGGAUCGAGGCAGCAACAGGAAGAAGUUUCGGUGAUAAGGAUUUCAGAAGCGGCCUGGAGAACGGCAUUCUGCUCUGCGAGUUGCUGAGUUCAAUCAAACCAGGCCUUGUGAAAAAGAUCAACAGACUUCCAGCACCCAUUGCAGGACUGGAUAAUCUGACCAUGUUUCUGAGAGGAUGCGAAGAGCUGGGAUUGAAGGGAUCACAGCUGUUCGAUCCUGGAGACCUGCAGGACACGUCGAUACGAGCGAACUUAACGGGCUCUGACUGCAGUAGAAAGCUGAAGAAUGUGCUCAUAACCAUAUACUGGCUUGGUAAAGCUGCUAACAGCUGUGCAACGUAUAACGGCCCCACACUCGACCUGAAAGAGUUUGAGGGGCUUCUUUCCAUGAUGCGAAAGGAGUGUGUAAAUGAAGAGUUAGACUCCCCUAAGCGCAGUAUAAGAGACAGCGGUUACAUCGACAGCUGGGAAUCGGAGCGCUCUGAUUCGCUGUCUCCUCCGAGGCACGGCCGUGAAGAUUCGUUCGACAGUCUCGACUCAUUUGGCUCACGAUCACAGAACACACCCUCACCAGACACAGUUAUUCGCUGCAACAGUGAUGACUCUGAAGGUGACGCUGGUCAAAGGAAGUUGCCAGACGUGCGCAAGGAUGACAUGUCUGCCCGUCGCGUGUCCUACAAAGAGCCUCGCGCAGCUCUACCCUUUAAUCAGUAUCUGCCGAACAAAAGCAACCAAACCAACUACAUUCCUGCCCCCCUGAGGAAGAGGAGGAGCGAGAGAGAGGAAGACUGGAGGAGUCUGAGCAACUCAACAUCUCCUGUAGGAGGAGAAAGACCUCUCAGACAAGAGCGUGUAGAAGUAUUAAAAGAGGGGGCUGUCGCAUCUCGCAGCCUUGCGCUCCAGAAAAAUUUCACCUGGGCGGAUGAGAAAGGGGCAGAGCUUGAGGAGGCAGAGCUUAAGAAAAUGAGGAAGCUGGAAAAGGCGGGAAUUAAAGUAUUACCUACCUCUGUGCGAUAUAACAGUCCAAUUGUGAAUCCAGUGGAGGCCAGUAAAUCCAACCCACCUUCAUCUGACAUCAUUCUCCGACAUGACAAUGAGUUCAUGCGGGCCGCCGCUCCACAUCAGUGGGACUCCAAUGAGGAAGAUGAUGAUGAAGAGGCAGAACGGAAGGUUCCAGAUGUCCAAAAGGAUGACCUUGCUUCUCGCAGAGCACGCAUGAAUCAAUUUAAACCCAGUGUGGCACAUCACUUCCUGCCAGGCUCUUGUAGCUGGAAGGACCGAGAAAAAUGGGAGGGAAUCAGGCUGGCAUCCCAGCAUGCCGUGUUGGAAAGGAUGGAGAAGAUGGCACAGGAGAAAAGAAGUCAGGCUGACUCCGCCUCCCCUGAGGUGCCAAUCAUAACUCAUAAGGACAACCCUUUCCUGAAUCCUGAAAAAGACAGGGGAAAAGAGAGGGAUGAGGAAGAUGAGAAAGAGGUAGAGGGGAAGAUAGUUGUCCCAAACCCACACAAAGAUGAUCUAGCAAGGAGGCGGAUUAGGGGAGGGCCACGCCCUCCGAAAGAUGCUCAUCAGUCAUUGGUCCAGACUUCCAUCACUCAGUCAGACCUGGAGACAUGGCAGAGACUCAAGAUGAGCACAGAUAGCAGUGAGUCUGACUCCACCGGGGCUGAAGUGUCAAUCAUAACUCACAAGGACAGCCCCUUCCUGACCCCUGAGAAAGACAGUGAGAGUAAGCAGGAGAAUGAGGAGGGAACAGACAGAGAGAAAGGGAUGAGUAUAGUUGUCCCAAACCCACACAAAGAUGAUCUAGCAAGGAGGCGGAUUAGGGGAGGGCCACGCCCUCCGAAAGAUGCUCAUCAGUCAUUGGUCCAGACUUCCAUCACUCAGUCAGACCUGGAGACAUGGCAGAGACUCAAGAUGAGCACAGAUAGCAGUGAGUCUGACUCCACCGGGGCUGAAGUGUCAAUCAUAACUCACAAGGACAGCCCCUUCCUGACCCCUGAGAAAGACAGUGAGAGUAAGCAGGAGAAUGAGGAGGGAACAGACAGAGAGAAAGGGAUGAGUGUGGUGAUGGCUGAUGUAAAGACAGACGACCUGGCCAGAAGGCGGGGCCAAAAUGGGCCUGUCCCACAGAGGGACCCCCGUCAGUCAUUGGCUCAAACUACCAUCACUCUGUCAGACCUGGAGAAAUGGCAGAGGCUCAAGAUGAAUACAGAGAGCAGCGAUGACCCUAUUGUCCCUCUGUGUCAGACGUGUCUUGAGAAAGGCAGCCGCUCUGUUGCAUCCAAGACGAAGGUUGCCAAGAACGACCUGGCCAGUUGCCGAGAACGUUCCUCCGGUGAACGGCGGCGUUUUGUGACAUUUGGGGGUGUGACAGAGAUGGAGAGUACUUCCUGGAAAGAGGAGGAGGAGGAUGAGGAAGAGGGAGAGGGACAGGGGGACGAGGCAGAGAAGCUUCGAUAUCUCCUCUCGAUGGCACCUGUUGCUGUGCCCACCAUAGGGCUGGGCUCCAUACUGACAAAGAGAGUGGUUGGCAGUGGAGAUGCAAACCCUGAGCCUGCUCCUAUCGUGCCCCCUGAACCUCCGAACCCUGUCAUGUUUGAUCUUAAACGGCCUUUGACCUCCACCGAGCACAGGGUGCUGGAGGAGGAACUGGCUGAGAAAGCGAAGGAUGAGAGGGAGGAUGAUGAAGAAGAGAGGCAACCGGAUAUAGAAAAGGAUGACAUGCUAGCUCGUAGAACAGGAGCAUUUCAGAAGCCAGCAAAUGGGACUUCAUAUAACAGAUUCCUCCCGCAGCCGGGUUCCAAGAGAGACGGUGCUACAGUGGCUUCCUUAGCCCAGAAAGGAAGUAUUCAGAUGAGCACGAGUGGAGACGGAGAUUUCCAAUACCUGGAAAGAAACAUAAAGACAAAGAGAACCAAAAUUGGACAGAGAAAUGAAUCAGUCGACCAAGUACCAAAGACACCCGUUCCAGUUGCUGUAGUAACAGAAAAGUGCCCUGACAUUGUACGAUUGUCUGCAACUAACGCCAAUCGCCCUGGCAUUUACAAUGAUGAUGAUGAAUGUGGGGAUGAUGAUCAACUACCAGAUUUUGAGAAGGAUGACAUGCUUGCACGAAGGACUGGAUCUUACCAAAAGCCAAGUGCAGGACAGGCUUUUAAUGCUUUUCUGCCCAAACCUGGUGCUGUCAAACAUAAAAUCACCCCUGUCAGUGGAUCGCAGUCACACCUGAAGCCUAGAGAGCAAGAGACAGCCCUGUCUCUGGACAGCUUCACCCUUAGCUCUGUGGCCCCGCCCCCAAGAGAUGCUGAGGACACGCCUAGGAAGUGCCCUCAGAUGAUGGACAGGCAGGAGGCGGGCUCUGUGGGUGUGGUGGGACAUGAAAGUCUUAUUAAAGAUGAGACUAUUACCAAAAGCCCCUCCCCCAAACCACACCAACCCUCACGUCGCCCCCUUUGGCAGGAAGACGAUGAUCUCCCCCCAAUAUUCAGAGCUACUAGUGUUUCUGAAACGGAGAGUGUGAGUUUGAUUGACAUGCGUGAUGAAGAGGAUGAGCUUGCCUACCUUCAGCUGCACAGCCAAUCACGACAUGAGCACCUACACAACCAGUACAACAAACUCCGAGAGGAGGAGGACCAGUGGCAGGACGACUUGGCUCGCUGGAAGAAUCGGAGGCGAAGUGCAUCUCAUGAUUUGAUCAAAAAGGAAGAAGAGAGGAAAAUGAUGGAGAAGCUAAUGUCAACAGAUGGAGGACCCGGCCAUCGCCGGAAGAGCAUCAAGACAUACAAAGAAAUCGUUGAGGAGAAAGAGCGUAGGGAACAUGAGCUACAUGAACAAUACUGCAAGGCCUCCACUCCAGAAGAAAAGGCAGCUGUGCUUCAACGCUAUGCUCUCCGUUUCACCAUCAGUGAUGCCAUAUUGGAGAAACUCCAGCUCCCCAAACUGCCUCCUGCGGCCUCACCGAUGCACACGCCACCUCUCCAUCAGCCUGAGAAGAAGCUGACAUGCACCACCUCAGCAGAAGCAGAGGAUCAAGAGCCUCAACAAACUACCCAAACACACCACAGUGUCCAUGUAUACCAGAAGACUGCACAAAAACAGGCACCGGCACAGCGUGAAACCCCUGAGCCAUCACCUGAUGAGACCACCAAAGCUCCAAAAGUCCUGUCAGUGCCUACACGAGUUCCUCCUGCUCCCUCAAAGCCUGUACCCCUGAUCACCCCAAAACCCUACAGCCAGCCCAAAUUCAGCCAAGGCCUCCGCAAAUCAGUGAAGAGCGAUGGGCUGAUACGUGUGAAUGGUGACAGGACUCAGCAAGAGAACAGAGAGAGGCUCGAUAAAGAUUCUGUGUCGUGUCCUCAAGUCGACUUAUCUUCCUCACCUCCAAAGCUAGCCACACAAAGUCAACAAAAUGAGGAGCUAAUUGCUUUAGAAGCCUCAGACCACCAGCAAAGCUCACAGACUUCCGUUUCUGACCAGGAGGAAGAAGUCGGAAAGAAGGAAAAAGAAUGUUCUCUUAGUCCUCAGGAAGAGAAUAGCAAAGAAGACACCUCAACUACACUGUCGGUGUCAGAACCAGAAGGAAAGCAGCCAGUGCCUGACACAGUGAUGAAGCGCAACUGUGUUGUCACAACAACCAUCGUGACAGAGCUCACUCAGACACACCCCGUCCCACCAAAUGACACGUCCAGCACAGAGCAGCUUGAUUCAGUCCAUAAUUCAUGUGAUCUGAGCUCAGCUGCCGAGUCCACCAAGGCCGAGCAGACUUCAUACUCACUCUCGCUGACAGAGGGGAUUGACUACUCCAUUGACUGUAUUGAAACCCCAAUGUUGAACCUUGCAAAAAGGGUUGACCACUGGACAUGGGAUCCUAAUGAAGAGCGUAGACGGCAGGAGAGGUGGCAACAGGAGCAGGAUCGCCUGCUGCAGGAGAAAUAUCAGCGAGAGCAAGAGAAGCUGAAGGAGGAGUGGGAGAGAGCGCAGAGAGAAGUGGAAGAGGAGGAGAGGAGACACCAUGAAGAGGAGAGACAGAUACUGGAGGAAACCGUGACCCCACUGACCCCUCGCACCUCAGGUUUAUCAUCCAGUAUGGUGACAGAGGCUCCGUCCCUCACCCAGCCCUCAGCCCCUCGUGACACCAUUGUCCUCUCCUUGGCUGACUGGGAAAGGAAACAGGAAAUGCUGGAGAAACGGGGGAACCAGAGUAACAGACUAACACACAGCCCUGAUCAAGUAAUCACAGCAGCUCAGCAGAACGGUCAGAGAACUGAACCUCAGGAGAGCCAAACAGCUACACCACAACUGCAGUUUAUACAGGAUGGCUCUUGGAGCUGUAAGUCUAAAGGAAGGCAAGAGGAUUUGAAGAAAACUGCCUCACUGGAUCGUAAACAGAGUCCACCCCAGAGCCAGACCACAAAGAUGAGGAGGACUGGGUCGUGUGAAAAUGUUUUAGGGACACACCCAUCAAAAUCACCCACACCAUCACAAGACACGCCACCUCCAUCACCCAGCAGGUCAGUAAGUGGAAAGAAGCUUUGCUCCAGUUGUGCACAUCCGUUGGGUAAAGGAGCAGCUAUGAUCAUUGAAAGCUUGGGGUUGUACUUCCAUAUUCAGUGUUUUAAGUGUGGCAUAUGUAAAGGGUUACUGGGCAACUCAAGUGCUGGAACUGACGUCAGAAUUCGAAAUGGACUUCUUAAUUGUCAAGAAUGCUACAUAAAAUCAAGGGCUGCUGGCCAGCCAACAACAUUGUGAUGCCUCUGCACUUCUGACAAGGAAAUGGAACUGAAAUCUUAAACCAACCCAGGACCAUAACCAAGAAAAACAGAUUUUAUGUUUAUACGACGUUUCCAACUGUUUUCCUUACAGCACAAUCAAGCAUAGACAUUAAUGUCAAAACUGGAAUCAUGGACAAAUGAUGGGUUUUCCUCUGGACUUUAUUUGACUGUCUUUGCACUCGCUGAAAUAUGACCUUAUCGCUUACACGAUAAAGAGUCCAUAGAAUAUUACAGCGAUUACAGCAGUCUGUUCAUACUGCUAGAAUAAGAAGUACUGGUAGCACUUUACCUCACAGUGGCCAUGUUACACACAUUUCAAUAACGAUAAGGCCUGAAAACGCUUUACGCAAAAAAAGAUGUGCUUUCUUGCAUUAAUGUGCACUAUCAAACCUCAGUACUAAAGGUGGUGAUAGACAUAAUGUCAAAUUUCUGUGUCAUUAACUCAAAUAAUAUUUAAGUAGCCACCUGCACUCUCACAACAGUUGGGGCAGUACCUUCUCAAAAGGUACUAAUAUAUACCAUUUAGGUACCUUAAAAGUACUCAUAGAGAGCGUAUAAAUGUUUAUAAAAAUCUAAAACCAAGAUUCUCUUAAAACUGUUGCAGAUAUUUCAUUUUCAUAGUUGGCAGAUAUUUCAUUUUAUUAGAUGUUUUAGCCAGUGGCAUUUUUUGAAGUGUGAAAUUGACACUAUAGUUUAGUAUGCUCACUACUGAGGGUGCAUAGCUAGAAGCAUCUGCAUUCGUGUACUUGUUUAGAGGAUGUUUUUGGCCUAACAGCAAUGACAUGGAAUUCUAAACUUCCACAAAUUAACUACAUGUUGUUCAUGAGUAUUGCUCAAGAACUUUCUUAUGUAAAUGCAUUGUAACACGGGCACUGUAAUGUAGAGUGAGCCUGAAUCCAUUUCUGUUGUGGAACAUGAGGUAGCACAAGCAUCCAGUUUUCAUUCAAGAAAAUGUUCAUCUAUUAUUUUAUCAAUAAUAAAUCAUCUCAGUUUUUGUAAAGGCCUUGCAGGUAUGUUAGGCAACUGUUAUUCCACUAACAGACGAACGCAUGAUGUUGUGCGACUCUUAGGCCUAGAUGAUUUGUCCUGAAGCCUUAACUGACAACACGAAAUGAAUACAGGUAAGAUUGUCCAUCACUUUUAUUUAUGGUUUGAAAACAUGAACUGGAGUGGUUUUGAUUGAAACGUUCUGUUCAUUGCCUGUUUUAUCUUGUUUGAUCAGUGAGGGGUUUGACACUUUAUUUGUGCAGUAUUGUUUAACACCAUGUAGACAGCAUGUUGCUAAGGGUAGAUCUUACAUUUCCAUUUGAUUAUUUUUCAAACUUUGUUAUUAGUAUUUACGUUUUGCCUCUGCAGUUGAGUGGUAAGAAGAUUGCAUGAUCCCUGAAACUUUACAUUACAAUGUCCAUGUUACAAGCUACUAAAAUGAAUGACUAAAGUAAUAACAUAAACUGUGCAAAGAAGCUCCACAUAAUCAGAAGUAUAUUAUGUAAUAAACACUGUAAUGUAAAGUGUAAUCCUUUUCUUUUAGCUUUUGAAAUGAUUCCGUUACAAUCGGUUUAAUGUGUUCUGUUGCCUUUCUCUCUUCUGCAAUGUUGUGCCUUAGAAAUGUGCUCCUAGAUAAUGUCUAGCGUCGGCCACCCUUGCAUCCAAAGCUUCAAUUUACCAAUGUGUAUUGGUGAGAGUAUUAUGCAUAUGCACUGAGCACUCUGCUUUUACCCUUGUACUUUAUUCGAACACCAUGAAUGUGCGAGCAAGAGAUUUAAAAAUGAAACUCACACCCUCUGUAAGCUCUUCACUCAUGUGCAUUUAGACAUGUACAAUUGUUAAAUAUCUAUAUUUAUCUAAAUCAACUGGAAAGGAGUUCAAUCCAAAUAUCAAAUUCAACAACAAGGACAGAUUGCAUUCAGCAACACUAUCAUAUAAUUCUGCUUUCUAACUUCUGCUUAUGCUUUCUGUUAAUAAUUGAGAUUAAAAAACAUUGUCAUUUAGAUCCGGGCGGUUUUGAUUGUUGCUUGUAUAUGGUUUGUUUUAUUUUGUGGCAUUGUUAGAAUAUGAACUGAAACAGAAGGCAAUAAUUACUGGUAAGAGUAGCCAAGGAUGAGUGAGAUGUGUGUGACAAAUACUUUCAUAUUCUGUAUUUAUUAUACCCUUUUAAAAAUUAGCGAUAUAAGACAACCUACAAGACGCUGAAAUGCAAUGGCUUUUAUAGCAAGUGUAUGUUUUUUAAUAAACUAAUAAACUGUUUUAAAUGCACUUGCAUUUGA